AUGCAUAACCAAUCAAGAAACACCAAACAAACUAGGGAAAGGGAAUUAAAGGAGAUUGAUACGGUGGAAACAACAAAACCAUCGAUUUUCUUGCAAAACAGGGAUGAAGUAGGUCAGGUGAUGGAUGAUGCGGGAGGAAAUUUGGGAUCUUUAUUACAUGAGCUAAGCAGCCAGCAGGAAUAUUUGAAGCUGAAAGCACGCUAUGAAGCACUACAGAGAACCCAAAGGAAUCUUCUGGGAGAGGAUCUCGGUCCUCUAAACAGCAAGGAGCUUGAGUCACUUGAAAGGCAGCUGGAUAUGUCACUGAAGCAAAUCAGAUCAAUCCGGACUCAACACAUGCUGGAUCAAUUCACUGAUCUACAACAUAAGGAACACCUGCUUGGUGAAGCAAAUAAGAACUUGAAACAAAGGUUGGUAGAAGGAUACCAUGUACAUUCACUCCAACUGAAUCCAAGUGCAGAAGAUGUGGCCUAUGGAAGACAACAAGCUCAACCUCAGGGAGAUGGCUUCUUUCACCCCCUGGACUGUGAACCCACCCUUCAAAUUGGAUAUCCAACAGAUCCAAUAACAACUGCUGGACCAAGUGUGAAUAAUUACAUAUGCUGGUUUUUAACAAACUUUCCACUUUCCACCUUCUGUGUUCUAAUGGAAACUGUUGUGAAGUGGUGGUUUAGAGUGUUGGAAUAUGUACUGGAAGAGUGA